AUGGACGAGAAGAAGAGAGGAUUUUGGAGAUGGUUAAUAUCAUCAGUAUUGUUAAGGCUGAUUCUAAUUUACCUCCCUAGAAACUUCAACUUAGCCUCUCGCCCAGAAGUCUCCACUCCUCUCACAAGCCUCCGUCGCCUGGCCGAAGGUUACUGGUUGAAGCAAUCAUCAAUCUCUCCUUAUGCAGGAUCGAUGUACCAUGGUUCUCCAUUGUUACUCUCACUUCUUGGUCCACUCACUGUUAAAAGAAUUGAAGGGCAACCUGAUCAUCUUUUAUGCAGUUUGGUUUUUGUCAUUGCAGAUAUUAUUAGUGCUUUGCUUAUUCGUGCCACCGGUCAGACUCUACAGAUGGCAUAUAUACAGAGUUUAAAAUCACUUGACAUUGUUGAUCUAUUAAAAAGUUCAGAUUUACUUUCAUCAGGAGAUAUUGCUGCACUUGUAUACUUGUGGAAUCCUUUCACUAUAGCUGCAUGUGUGGGUUUAUCCACUUCCCCAGUUGAAAAUCUUGUUGUCAUACUAGCACUUUAUGGAGCUUGUAAAGGACUAGUUCCUCUGGCAGCAUUUGGAUGGGUUAUGGCGACACACUUGUCUCUUUAUCCUGCAAUUCUAAUCAUUCCAGUGGCUCUUUUGUUGGGAUAUGGUCCUGAUACACCCCCCAGAAAGUUGUUCCUGCAGAAGGGAUAUGGUAAAAAUGGAGAUAACCACUCAAGCGAUAACUGUGGUCAGCAGGAGACCUACCAAUCAAAGCCACAAGUUAUAUUUUCAUGGCGACCAGUCAUACAUUUCUUAUUGUGGAGUUCUCUAUGGUCCUCCUAUGUGCUGGUCCUUUGCAUUAUAUCUGUCAAACAGCACGGUAGCCUGUGGGAGAUGUUUCAAAGAACAUAUGGGUUCAUUCUCACAGUGGAAGAUAUGUCACCAAAUAUUGGUGUUCUGUGGUACUUCUUUGCCGAAGUGUUUGAUUUCUUCAGAAAUUUCUUUUUGAUAGUUUUCCACCUGAAUAUUUUGUUUAUGAUGUUGCCAUUAGCCAUACGGCUAAAGCACCGGCCCUGCUUUUUGGCUUUCGUCUACAUUGCAAUCUCUUCAAUGCUUAAGUCCUAUCCAUCGGUUGGAGAUUCUGCACUAUACUUGGGUUUGUUGGGUUUGUUUCUUGAUGAAUUAGCAGACAUGCAAUUCUCUUUCUUCCUCUUCUGUGGAUAUAUUGGGGUGUCCCUUCUUAGCCCUGUGAUGCACAACCUAUGGAUUUGGAGGGGGACUGGCAAUGCAAACUUCUACUACGCAACUGGUAUGGCAUAUGCAUGCUUGCAGAUUAUUUUGGUGGUUGAGAGUGUAAGCGCCGUGCUCAACCAUGACAGGAAGCUUAGAAAGUUAUCUGUGACAAAGCUUCAAGAUGGGAAAUCUUAA